AAACUCGCUUGCAUUUUUCCAGCCUGCUGGCUCCGCCCCUAAACUCACCUGACCGCUUCCUGCACCUGAGGCCCCGCCCCGAGAGGACUGCUCAAACCUGAGAUUCUGGUUGGAGGCAGAAACAGGUGCAGGCGGAGGAGAGCUCGGUCGCUGCUGCGCUGCCGCUUCACACCGACCAGGACCACCAGGACCCGCGGACGGACGCGCACCUGUCCUCAGCCUGACGAGGAACCAUGGCGGAGGCUCCAGAACUGUUCUCAGAGCAGGAGCUGACCUGCUCCAUCUGCCUGGACCUGUUCACCGACCCGGUUUCCACUCCCUGUGGGCACAACUUCUGCCAGGCCUGCAUCGGCGGUUACUGGGCGUCCAGCCAGGUGUGCACGUGUCCGCUGUGCAAGCGUCAGUUCGAUGAGCGUCCGCUGCUCAGCAUCAACAAAGUCUUCGCGCUCAUCGCGGAUAAAUACAAAGUGGCGCAUUACAGCGCCGCCGGGCUCCCGCCACCGCCCCCCAGGAACAGUUCGCCUGUUGUCAUGACGAUGGCGGAGGACGGCAGGAGCACCAACCCGUUUUUGUCGCCACCACCAGAAAGCCAGAAGGUGGCGAGUGUGGGCGGCGACGUGGUGUGGUGUGACGUGUGCACAGGCGUGAAGCGUCCGGCCGUCAGAUCCUGCCUCACGUGCACCGCCUCCUACUGCAACGAGCACGUGCAGCCUCACCUCACUACGCCCUUUUACUCCAAGCACCCCCUGAUGGACCCCCAGGAGGCCCUGAGGGGCCGCACCUGCUCCAUGCACCGCCGCCUGCUGGAGGUGUACUGCAGGACAUGUCAUCGCUGCAUCUGCGCCAUCUGCGUUCUGGAGGAACAUCGGACCCACAAAACCGUCUCGGUCCAGACGGAACGGCUCAACAAACAGAAACAGAUGGCUCGGACGGAGCAGGAGAUCCUCAACCGCAUCCGGGAGAAGGAGAGCCGCCUGGGGGACCUGAGGAGGAAGCUGGAGGGGCUCCAGAACUAUGCCGGCCGAGAGCGCGGCGACGUGGAGAACCUGCUGGACCAGCUGUCCGCGGCACUGGACCGGGUCCGGACUCAGGUGGUGGGCAGGAUGGAGAGUCAGCUGGACCCUCUGGUCUCCAAGGGGGAGAGUCUGGUCAACCGCCUGGAGGUGGAACUUCGCCAGCUGAACGAAAAGAGGGCGGAGCUGGAGGUCCAGGCCAGCAGUCAGGACCACAUCCGGUUCCUGCAGAGUUUUGAAGAAGCCACAGCUCCUCUGGGGGAGGAGCAGCAAGUGGGGGAGGACGAGGAGGACGAGGUGUUUUCCCUCCAUUUCCCACUGGAGGAGGUGAAGAGCGGCCUGAUGGAGGUGAAGGAGAAACUGGAUGAGAUCCAGAUGGGCGAUGGUCUUCCCGGUGGUCACAGAAGCUUCAGAGACUCCUUUCCAGCAGGUGACCUGAUGGCGGCCGACAGCAUGAUGAGUCUGAGAGGAAGCACAGCCAGUCUGAGGAAGAGCCAGUGGUCACUGAAAGAUGUGAAGAGGCUCAAACAGGUUUCAGGACACAAGAAGGCCCGUGUUUACAUGGAGGACGUGACGCUGAACCCGGUGACGGCGUACCCGUUCCUCAUCCUGUCCGAGGACAGGAAGCAGGUGAAGCGCGGCGAGAAGCUGCAGUUCUUCAGGAACAGCCCCCACAGGUUCGACGUGUGGUCCUGCGUCAUCGCCAAGGAGGGCUUCAGCUCUGGCCGCCACUACUGGGAGGUGUUUGUGGGCGAGAACAAGGACUGGAAGCUGGGUGUGAUCAGCGAGUCGGCUCAGAGGAAAGGCUUGUUCGACAUGAGCCCCUCCAAUGGGUACUACGCCCUCUGGUGGAGCGGAAACCAGCUCCGCGCGCUCACGGCGCCCCCCCUGACCAAAGUGAAAAGUCACCACCCCAAGCUGCGGCAGGUGGGCGUGUUCCUGGACGUGGAGGAGGCCCAGGUGACCUUCUACAACGUGAAGUCUGGCUCAGAAAUCUACAGUUUCCAUGGAAACGCGGAGCUCACAGAGAGGAUGUUCCCGCUGCUUGGAACGGGAGACAAAGAGGUUCCUCUGAUCCUUAUGACCACACAGCACCACCUGGCCUGACGGACCGCGUCUGGACCACGACGCCGUAACUAGGACACGCGCAGAAAGGGGAGGAGCUCUGACAUCAGAGAAAGUGUAUUGUUUUGUGCUGAUGACUACCUGCUGCUCUGGAACACACCUUCACAUUAAAACUGGACUUGCAAGAAA